AUGUUCAACAAGGAUGAUGAUGUCCAAUCAGCAAACUACCUCACCACUUCCUGUGCCUGUAUGCAAUGUGGCCUCUUCUCAACUCAAUUCCAUGCUGCUUUCCUCAGCAGCUAUAAGGCAGUUUACAACAUUCCUUCCCAUCAUGAUCUUUAUGAAACAGAAAUUCGACAAGAGCCAGACUUUGAAAAAGAGGGGAUAGAGGAGAAGAAAAAUGCACAAAUCAUCAACAAUGAAGAUGAAGAGCUCAUUGAUGCCACUGAUGAAGAAGAGAAUAUUAUCACACAAGCCAGUGAUAAAAAUGACAUAGUCAUCCCAGACAUAGACUUGGCAGAUCUCUGCAACUUUGACUUUGGCAUCCAUCAAUCAGAUAUAUCUGGGGAAUAUUUUCAUGAUAGCAGUCCUAGAGAUGUCCAAGAAAUUGGUAUCAACACUUUGAUCUUGCUACAUUUCAAAGGAAGCAGUGGUCUCAGUCAUAAUGUCAAAAUUGUUGAUGGACAUAUCAUCAUUUCCAACCCAAAGGCAAAACAGAUUGAUGUCUCUGAAUAUCAGGCAGUGUGGGAUCUCUCCCACAAGACUGGUGAUCCUAUACUGAAGCUGAUGGCAAGAUACCAAAUACUGUGACUGAAGGUCUUAUACUGAAACUGUUGACCAAAAUUCCAUGAUAGACACUGCUGGCAGCAAUAACAAUCCUAAUCUGUGUCCACACAGGGAUGUAACUGUACUGAGCUGAACUGGGAUGAAAUGAUGGUGACGUAGAAAGUAAAGG